UGCUCCGAAGAGAUUGGUUGAAUCAUUUUAUUUAAUUCAUAUCACACACACUACAAGAAAUAUUUAUAAAAAGGAACAAUAUUUUGCACUAAAUAAUACAAUUUACAAUACAAUUUCAAUUAACUGAAUGACACCGAUUGAAAUGAUGUCAAAAGACCCAGGUUCUUAACUCCACGGAAGCGCGCAAUAUUUCGAUAAUUCAAAUCAGUUCGAUAUAUUGCAUAGAUCGAUACUAGUUGAAUGCUAUCUAUGCUUACUCUAUUCUGUAUGAUGGAGACGAUUUUAAAAGUUAAUUAAAAAUAUAUUUAAAUACUCAAAUAACUCUAACAUCUAACAAACAUAUUUUUAAAUAAAUAAAUAUUUAAAUAAAUUUGAAAUAUAUUUUUAUAUUCAAAAAAAUAAUAAUACUAACGUCGUGUUCAAUACAAGAGGGAAAUAUUUCGUUUAUAUUUCCAAAUAUUCAGUAUCGAUGGACUAUUUUUAUUGAUCUAUUUUAGCACAAAAUUGAUCAAUCAACAUGUUUAGCUUGGUUUCUAAGUAACCAUUCGUGAUUCUACUGUAUAGAUAUGAGUGACAAGUAUUUCGAGGAAAAAUUAUUCAAUUAUUAAGAUAGGCGCUAGUUAUCAGAUGCAACUUGCCAGGUGUAGCCAUAUCUUUAAUCAUAUACUCUAUUUAUUAUAUUUUAUAUACUUUCUCAAUUAGAUAUGGAUAACCAUUUAACGAACCACGAUAACGAACGAGAGGCGCCAAAAUAUCAGAACACUUAUCGUCUGAAUGCUUACAAUCCUUUUAAAAUAGAUCCAGUGGAUAAGAUUGUAAAGACAAUAAUGAUAACUAAAUUAGAAAAUAUUUCUUAUAAUGCUGUGGAGUGUCUGAAGCUUUGUGAGUUAGUAGCCACUGAAAUUAGAGAAAAAAUUAAAACCUUGAACUUCGAUAGAUAUAAAAUCGUAGUCAAUGUGACCAUCAUAGAGAAAGCAAAUCAAUCUAUACAAUCAUCUAUAGGCUUUCUUUGGGACGCUAGAAAAGACAAUUACUCUACAGUUACAUACGGAGCUCGAACUUUUCAUGCCUACUGUUGUGUAUUUGGUCUUUAUUGUGAAUAAGUUGAACUAUCACCUUCUUAGUAAUUUUUCGCUCUUAUUACCUACCAAACUACGUACAGUCGGUCUCGAAAAUAUUCGGACACUACUAUAACUUUGACUUCUAUGUUCUAUAUUUGAAACAGAUGAAGAUAAAACAACAAAAAUGUUUUACAAUGUAUUGAAGUAUGGUAUAUAUAUGUCAGAAUGAAAAAAACUUUUGACUUAAAACAAAAAUUAAUUGAACCGUAGAAUUAAUAAAAAGACAACAAUAAACACUAAGGAAAAAUGAUAAAUUCAGUUAAUAGAAUAAUAAAAUACAGCGUCGGUUACUAAUAAAAAAUAAUCAACAUACUAAACUGCUUAAAAUAUGUUAUUGAACAAAAGGGUGAGUUAUAAAGUGUCCGAAUAUUUUUGAGACUGAUUGUAUGUUAAUAUUUAUUCACGACGAAGUUAAAAUUUGAACAAUGUUCUGUUGAUUUUCAUCAGAUCAUACGUUUUCCAUAUGGUAUCGACGUCAAUGAGUGAUAAGUUUUUACCGAUAAUUGGUGGAAAUAGCAAAAACAUGUAGUAAUAAUAAGAAUCAAUUCGUGUAUGCAUACACUGAUUUAAACACACCUUUGUUUAUCUCUACCGAUUGCGUACUCAAGAAAAUUAUUGUCAUAAUUUAUUUAAAGCUAGACACGAUAUCUUUUCUAAUUAUUUCGCAAUUGCCAAGUUCAAAUAAUACAAGUAUUUAUCGCAA